AUGAAUGGAAAGGCUUCUAUCUUGUUAAAAGGGGUCCACAAAAACUUUACCAAAUGGAACAAGGACAUCAUGUUGAUCAGGCUGAACCGUGCUAUUAAUGACAGUACAAACAUCGCACUUCUCAGCUUGCCUUCCAGCCCUCCCAGUAUGGGGUCAGUUUGCCAUAUAAUGGGAUGGGGCACAAUCACAUCUCCUAAUGAAACUUAUCCCGAUGUCCCUCAUUGUGCUAACAUUAACCUGUUCAAUUAUAUGGUGUGUUGUGGAGUUUACCCAAUGUUGCCAGCAUCAAGCAGAACAUUGUGCGCAGGUAUCCUGGAAGGAGGCAUAGAUACAUGUCACGGUGACUCUCAUAUCGAUUUGGUCGGUAGGCAAACUGAAUUCCAGGCCAUUGUAUUUUCGGGACCCUACCCUUGUGCCCAACCACGUAAGCCUGCCCUCUAUAUCAAGGUCUUCGAUCAUCUUGACUGGAUCAAGAGCAUUAUUGCAAGAAAUACAACUGCGACUUCCCCCCACCCCCCGUGA